CACCUGUCAACCAUCACACAAUUAAAUAAGCUGAGAAGCGCUUACGUUACGUUACGCAACGUGACGUUAAUGUUCGUCUGAGAUUGUUUUUAAUUGUUGUUUAGGGUGACAAAUAACUCUACACAUACUCCAGAAUGGUUCGUCCACUCAGUCAAGAUCAUAACAGUUUGAGAGUCAAAACUCUGAAAGGAAACGCCAUCGGUCUCAAUAUGGUCGGAAUAAGAAAAAUAUUAACGCCUGAAGCCGAGAGCCAAACCAAACUCUUCACACCGUUUAAACAACGAUUCAACUACGCGCUUCAACCCACCUGCUGGAGGAGUGAGUUAAGGAAAAACAUAUUCAACAAUGAUUCUGAAGAUGUGUUGUAUUGUAAUAAAGAAAAGAAGACCGCCGAUGCAUUUACGGAUAGUGUGUUAGAGAGCAAACCAGAGGGCCUCUCUUUGAUUUGUAUAACGGAUCCCAUUGUGAAUCACAAGAAAACCAGAUGUGACACAUUUAUUCAAGAGGAAUCCCAAAACAAACAAAUUAAGCGCAAGCAUCGAAUGAGAGACAAGAUGGGAAACAUUAUCUGUCGUGACAGAGCGAAGAAUCCCAAAACCAGGAAGGCAGAAUCCCCCAAAACGCCGAAGAGAGAUGCUGCUGAAAGAUUGAACAGAUUUGUACUCAACAUCAGAUGUUUAAAAAUUGGAACAUUGACUAAGAUUUUCAGAAGCUGUGACACACUGACCACACAAUGCAUGUUCACAGUGAAUUACAUUGAGAUUGCAAAUCAAGUACGAAUAGAAGCAUCAGAGGUUACCAGUUGUGAAUGGUGCACAGUGCAGAGGCUGCCGUCACUGUUUCUACAGACAACACCCACGGCGAGUCACCGUCUGCGAGCCCAGAUCGUAUAUGAUGUGUAUGAAGAUGAUUCACUGGCGUGGUAUGACUGCCAGAGCAAGAAUCAAGAAGAGAAAUACAUAGCCCUUAUUUUUGAGAGGGAGCUGACAUUACCAGAGCAGCUCAUUCUUGAGGAAAUCUUCAAAGAGAUUGGCAGGAGCAAUAACAUCUGCAACUUUCCAGCUAAGCUGUCAUAUGAAGAAGCCUACAAUAGGCUGAAAACACACAACCAUGCUCCAAAACAACAGCAGGCCUCUGUGACACUUUCAACCUCUCCUAAUGCCACUCGAAGUGAAAUCGCAACCCUCAGUGUUUCAGACAGCGAUGAGGAUUUGUUGGAGAUCCCCUCAUUGCCUGUACACGAAAUCAAAAAACUGGUUGUUUACCCCCCUCCACCAGCCAAGGGAGGUAUAACCAUCACCGAAGAGGACCUCAACUGCCUGGACGAAGGCACAUUUCUAAACGAUGUGAUAGUAGACUUCUAUCUGAGGUUUUUGGUCUGCGAGCAGCUAAAGAGAGAAGAUGCUGUUGAUUGCCAAGUGUUCAGCUCUUUCUUCUUCAAGCAUCUAACUCGGGAAGAUAACAAAAGGCCUCCAGGUUUAUCCAUUCAAGAGCUGAGGCAUAACCGGGUGAAAACAUGGACCAGGCAUGUGAACAUUUUUGAGAAGGACUUUAUAUUUGUCCCGAUUAAUCAAAGGGCUCACUGGUACCUGGCUGUUAUCUGUUUUCCUGGCCGCGUUUCACCUACCAGUGAUUCAGAUGUGUGUGUCAACGGACAUUCAGCAGAAUAUUUCUGUGAUCAGACUCCACCCAAUCCCAUGUCUCUCUUCUACCGUCAGGGAUCUUCAGAUCACAACACCAAGUUGUGUCAAACCAUAGGUGACUUGAGUUUCGGGUUGGAUUCAGAUGAUGAUGAUGCUGCAACCAUUCAGGCUUUUGAGCACACAUGUAUUAACAGUAAAAGCAGUGACUCAAAGCGGCCGUGCAUACUUAUUAUGGACUCCCUUGCCUGCCGAUCCAGAUCAUCGGUGGUGCAGAUACUCCAAGAAUAUUUACAAGAAGAAUGGAGGGUAAAAAAGGGCUGUUCGCAAAGUUUUGGAAAGGGUGUGAUGGACGGAUGGAGUCCCCUUGUCCCACAGCAGGAUAACUACACAGAUUGUGGCAUCUAUCUCCUUCAGUAUGUGGAGAAAUUCCUCAAGGAUCCCCCUCAAACUUUCUAUCCCAGCAUGGACCUGAACGACUGGUUUUCACAGAAGACGGUGAAGAAGAAGAGGCAGCAAAUCAAACAACUCAUUCUCAAGCUUCACAGAGAACAAACAGUUUGACUUUAGGUGACAUGCCUUCUACCGGUCAUGCAAUGUUUCUCCGGCCUCAGCCACUUCAUGAAUUUGUGCAAGAAAUACUGGUCAAUUUAAUGUUUUUUUUUAUUUGCUUUGGAAAUAUUUGAUGGGUUUUUGACCUUAAGUUAUAUGGAUAUAUUUGGAAAUAGAAUCUAUUAAAAUAAAGUAUUCUGUGCGUUCAGUUAAAAUGUUAGUCUUUCAAAAAUGACUUUACGUUUUUAACCUGUUAAAGGGAUACAUAAAUACUGUAAGGUAACAAAGCUGCCAGUUCUGUGUCAUCAGUCUGAAGAUCAGAUUUUCGUCCUGUGGUCCAAUUACUAAAUAAAUAAAUGUAAAUCCGCUGAGAAAUGGUUUAUGCAAAUUCCGAUUAAGUGCCAGACUACCACCAUUCCCUAUACUGGACGAUAGAAUUUUGUCUGUUCUCACAGAUAAUCAGAUUGGCCUGCUGCACAGUCAGGUUUAUAAGAGGUCUGACUUAUUUAAACUGAAAGGCUUAAUAUAUUUCUGUGUCCAUAAAGGACUUCGGGAAGAUCAAAUACUGUCUGAUCGCUUUUGGGAUCAAGCUGUAUGAUGAAAAUGUAUUAGAAACAUUUGAUAUAUUGUAUAUUGUACAAAAUGUACAAUUUUAUCCAUGGUUUUAUCCAUGGUUUACCACUUUCAGUGGCAAGGCAGUAUUAAAUGAAUCAGCACUAUUUAAAUAAAAAUACACCUGAGUGAAUGCAUUAGAAUGUUUCCUCCCUGCUGUGUUUUCAAUAUGAGAAACGCCCUUUAUCUCUUAGCUUUAUGUUGUUGGGCUUAAUGAGAUCUUUUGAGAGGAUCAUGCACUGUUUGUUCAGUGCUUUGUGGAAUCACCCAUCUGCCAGCAAGCCAUGCAGCAUAUGGAAUGAGUUCUUUGUGAUAGGUGCAUCUUAAAUGCUGAAUUUUGCUGUUCAACUUGCUGACAAUAAAUGAUUUACCAUAAAUAUAAAUAAUUGUUUCAGGAGAAUUUGGAAUCUUUAUGCAGCGCAUUUUCUCAUACAAUGAGAUCAUUAUUGACAUGAGUGCAUAACCAUGGGCUGUCAAACACCUAAAGUAUGAAAGUAUUUCUUCUGCACUCACAUACAAUCUAGUUCGGUCAAAAGCUUUUAAUUUCUGACUGAAUUAUUAUUCAAAUGUUUUCAAACUUUGAAUGUUAGAUUGUGUUCUCAAUUUACCUCUUGUGUGCCUGAUUGUGAAAAUUGUCUCUGUUGUUGUGCGGUCUCCAUUAUUAUAAGUAAUUCUAGUUAACCAGAGUGUAAUAACCUCAUUUACACUCAUUAGACUUGAUGUUUUAGGAAAAAUCUGAGAUCACAAUAACACUUGUCAUGCCUGGAAAUGAAGCAAGCGAUUUUUCCCAUCUAUCUGCU